AUGUAAUGUAACAACAGAGACGUGUUCUGAUGUCUGUAACAAAAAAAUGGCGGCUUUGUUUAUUGGCAAGAGAGGAAUGAUAAACAUCUACAGAGCUUUGCCGAGACACUACAAUAACAAUCUUCGUUGCUUCACCGCUCAUGGGAGCAACGGAGGUGGAGAGUCAUCUGCGAGUAUGAACGAGGAAAGACAAGAGGCCAUGGGGACAAGUACAGAUGCUAAGGCACCUGAUGUUUCACUCAGCUAUGCAGCGGAUACUGUGAAAGAAGGGUUGAAACGAGCCACGGAUUUAGCCAAGGAAGAGAGCGGAGACGCUCCCAGGGAGGAGACAGCAACGGUUGCAGGCGGCGAAGAUGAGAGUGAAGAGAACGUGACAGUGGGUGAAAUAGGAACUGUUAAAGCAAAAGAUCAAUCUUGAAGCUGAAAAUUUGUAUAUACUGUAGGACUUGCGAAAGGCCAAAUCAAUAAUGUGCUUUUAAAGUAUCUUCAAAUGCUUAAA